AUGGCUACAUCAUCUUCUUCAGAAGUUUCUCUUCCAACUCUUCCUAUCUUUAAGGGAGAGGGUUAUGAGAGGUGGAGUGUUAAGAUGAAGACACUUUUUCGGUCUUUAAAAUUAUGGAAGGUAGUUGAAGAUGGAGUCUUGACUACUGGUACAGAAACUCAGCAAGAAGAAAGCCAACAAGCAGAUGCACGAGCCAUGUAUAUCAUUCAGCAAUCUGUGGAUGACGCUAUAUUCGAUAGAAUUCAAGACCUUGCAACUGCUAAAGAAGCCUGGGAGUUGAUUCAGAAGCUUUAUCAUGGCCCUUCAAGAGUGGUGUCUAUUAGAAAGCAAACUUUAAGACAAAGGUUUGAAGUGUUGCAAAUGAAGGAAUCUGAGGAUAUUCAAGAGUACAUUAAAAGGGUAAUCACAAUUGUUAAUCAAAGUAAAAGCUUGGGCUAUCAAAUCUCUAAUGAGGAUGUAGUAUCUAAAAUCCUUAGGAGUUUGACUCCGAGGUAUGACAUGUGCGUCACAGCCAUUGAGGAAGCCAGGGACAUAGCUGAGAUGAGCUUGGAAGAAUUGACAGGUUCUCUUCAGGCCCAUGAAGCCAGACUAAGCAGGUUUAUGGACAAACCAGAAGAAAAAGCUUUCAAUGUCAAGGGUGAAGCUUCAUCAUCAAGAGAACAUGAUAGAGGAGCAGCCAGAGGAAGAGGGAGAGACUACUCAAGAGGAAGAGGAAGAGGAAGAGGAAGGUUUAGAGGAAGAGGCAGAGGCUUUGUUCCGCGGCAUCCAAGUGGAGAAGACCAUGGAGUGCAAAAAUCAUUCAAGAAUAAUGUCCAAUGCUAUCAUUGCAAAAUGGUAUGGACAUACUAA